AUGUUCAGCGUGCAGAACUCGCACAGCACCUGGCAGCAGAUCCAGCACGGGGAUAUGGGUGAGGGGACGUCGCUGCGGGAAGAGAAGCAAGAUGGGCAUGGGCAGAGAAGCGAGAUGGGCAUGGGCGGAGAAGAGAGGGUUCCUGAUGCCCUCACAAUUACACCGCGGGACACUCCAAAUUUUGUGUCAUUAGACCAGAGCAUCUGGACGAAGAUAGACCGGGAUUAUUUCGACGAAUGGCUUGAUGCUGCCCUCCGCAACUCGGGGUUCAGUAUUGACCUGAUGAAGGCAGGGAUUGUGACAGGAGAACUCGUCCCGCUAGUGUGGGUUAGCUCUCUGCCCAGUGCAGAGCGAUUGACUGCUGUGCUGGAUGACCUGUCAAAGGGAGCCGAAGAGUCAUCACAAGGGCUUCAAAAGUUCAAGGCUGCUGUCUUAAGUGCGAUUGAUCACAUCUCCAUUGCAGACGAUUUUGCUGUUCAUCAGCAGAACUGUCCAUAUCUAUCCAGACCAUGGCUAUCUGACGAUGAGGGAUUGUCCAAGUCACAGCAAUUAGAGCCAUGGGUGGAUCCCACGGCGAUCGCUUCAGCCUUCAUGAAGACGCUUCUGGUUGAUGGAGAGCUUUACCAAUCAAGACUGGUCUGGCUGAAACAGCAGCUGGCAGUGUUACACGAACUCAUAGUCCAAGAUCAUGCCAAGUUGACUCACCGAAGGGCAACUAUUCUUGCCCAAUGGUGGACGUAUCUUGGCUGGAAUCAAGACAAGUUGCAUCAUCUUGAUAGUGACUUGACCUUGAUACAUCGCAUCGAUAGUCACCGCAGGCACGCCCUGGCGUACACAGUUGGGGCAUUGCAGACACUGCAGGAGCUGAACAACCAAAUUCAAGACUCUCUGCAAACAGCGCAGCAUCCUGCAUUCACGGGCUACAUCAUACCUGUCAGGCUGCAGUCGAGGAGCAUUCAGACAUGUCUUGAACGACUGAAGAGGGUAGCGAAAGGAGAGAGGAAAACGACGGCCAUGAAAAGGAUUUCAGCUGUACCGCUCGAUGGGUGCCGAUGA